UCUCUGCAGCAGUGUGACGUGACGGAGCGCUGGGUUUGUGGCAGCAACGGAAGAUCGUACAGAAAUCACUGCGAGCUGCACAGAGACGCCUGCAUCACUCACACCAAAAUACAUGUGGAGCACCGAGGACACUGUGUGGAGAAACCAACAAACACAGACGUGAGCCCCAUUGUGUGUUUCCUGUCUGAUCGCGAUUGGCUGAGAGAGAAAGUGAUCCAGUGGAUUCGGGAGGAAGUGGAAACCAACAGCCUGUCGGCGAACGUAACGUCAGCCGAUCAGCUCCUGCAAACGUACUUCAAGACGUACGAUAACGGGGAUUCAGAGCUCGAUUCCAAAGAGUUCCUCAACUUCCUAAAACAUAACGAGACAGCGCUCAACAUCACGUACUCAAACACUCUGGAGACCAACAUGCUGCUGAG